AGGUCGGGAACAGCUCGCGCUCAGUGUGCCCCAGUGUCCCGCGCCGCGAACCUGCGCUUACGCAACUGUGUUCACUCAUCGCCCCGCGCCCGCCGCCGCCGCCGCCAUGCAGACCCUGCUCGCCACCUGCCUCCUGCUGUUCGCAGCCACCCUCGCACCCGCCACAGCGCAAAGGAUAACGACGAUCCAGCUGGAUGGCGUACAAUACUUCAUAUCCAGAAUGAACCCCUACAGUCCCGAGCUCAACUACUUCCUAGCCUACCAGUACUGCAGAUCAUUAGGAUUGCAAAUGGCUUCGUUCGAGACCAAGGAGAAGGCGGACUCCAUAACGACGUAUCUGACGAAUGCAGGCUACAACAAGUACGACUUCUGGACGUCGGGCAACAACCUGGGCACGGACAUGUACCUGUGGAUGAGCACGGGGCUGCCGUUCAACGCCACGUUCAACUACAUGCGGCGCGUGGCGCUGGACGCGCCGGCCGCGCGCGCCGACGACAGCCUGGACCCGCUCGACGUGCCGCAGGGCUCCACCGCGCCGCAGCGCACCGCCCGACACGGGACGGACCACGUGAUGACCAACGGCUGCGUGGCGCUCAAGGCGCCCACGUUCCACUGGGAGCCGCAGCACUGCGGGGAGAUCAAGGACUUCAUCUGCGAGCAGACGCGCUGCUACUACUACAACUACGGGUCCAUCCCCGUGUCCUCGGCGCAGGGGAAGCCGCUGUCCCUGACGACGACGACCACGGCGCACCCCAUCACGUCGUCGUCGCCGCCGCCGCCGCGCUCCGAGCACCUGCCCACGCACUUCACGCUCAACGACCUCAUCGGCAAACUGCGGCCGUCGUCGCUGGACGGGCUGCAGUCGCCGCACCUCAAGACCAGCGUGCUGCUCAAGGCGCCGCCGCAGAUUGACUCGCACUACUCGCGCGCCUCGGACGCGCAUGCGCACGACGACAAGGAGCCGCCCACGCAGGGGCCCUACGAGGCCGACGAGGGCAUGGCGGGCGACGACCCCGCGGCCUACCUCGCGCAGGACGACGCCGCCAGCACGGCCGAGCCCGACGCCACCGAGCACUCCGUCCACGCCAGCGGCAUGCUGGCUCCCCCCGCCUACUAGCCGCACCCCCCAGUGUCGCUAGGGUGGCUCGGGCUCGCGUGAGGCCUCUCUGAUUCUCCGUGUUUAAGUAAUGAUUAUGUAAAUGAGAUUUGUAGCAUCAUUAGCGUGCGCGUGUGUUAGUGUCGAGGAAGGUAGUUUCGAGGUUUCCAUGGGACUUUCCAGAAGGUGCUGGCGACUCGUGCGAGCGACUUGCCUCCACCUUCGCAUAUUGAAUAUCACAGUCUAGUAUUCCACGGCUAAUAUAGGUAACUAAACUUUACUAAGCUAUACUUAAUAGAUUUCAGAUCUCCGGUGUUUUCAUUUAAACCGUCAAAUGUAUUAUUUAAUUAAGUUGACAAAACGAUUGAGGACAUAUCAUUCGAAAUACAGUACCUAGUUAAAUAAGUAUUUUAAGUUGAGACUUGAGAAUUUAAAGAAUAGUGAUUGUAGCGAAGUUAAUAAAGUUUAUUUUGUAAGAUU